AGCGAAGACAGCAGAAGAAGGGAAAGAAGAAGAAAUUCGGGAGAAGACAGAAAAGGGGAAGGUGUUCUUCAAAGGUUGAUGAGGCCAUGAGCAAUAAGUGACGUGUCUUCUUCGUUUAUUCUUUGCCUCCUCAAGUGGGAAGGAGUUGGGGAAGUGGAAAUCCCCAUGAGGCUGUAGACUUCUGGGGUUUGAACAAGACCGAGGUUGGAGUAAUCUAAAAUGAUGAAGUUUCAAGUGGGAUGAUGGCUACAAAUAAUCUCUAGAUCCGUCUUUCAAACCCGGACGAAUCAAAUAUUCUGAAGCGGGUAGUUAGACACUUGGUCCGGGGCCCACAGCCGCCGUGGCGGCUUCCCUGCUUCACCUCAGCCGCUCCUCUCUUCUCUUACCAAUCCAAUUAGUGCUUUUCUCUCUCUUCCAAUUCCCGCCAUGGCCGCCACCUUCCUCUCCACCCACCACCACGUCACUUCCACUGCCGUCCACUCGCCCUCACCCCGCCGCUUUUCCCUCACCGCAACCGCUAUGCCCUCCUGGUUGGUGAUGGUAAAUAGUCGGCCGGCGAAGGGCAGAAUUGGAAUGUCGCACAAGGCCAAUGCUGCUGCGUCUGGGCCGGUGAUGGAUGACAGCGAGAGCGACGGUGAGAACUAUAACUCGAUGGAGGAUGAGCUGUUCGUGCGGUGGUUCAGGGAGGCUUGGCCGUACCUCUGGGCCCACCGCGGCGCCACUUUCGUCGUGAUCAUCUCCGGCGAAAUUGUGAACAGCCCUCAUCACUUGGACCCUAUUCUAAAGGAUAUUGCUUUUCUUCAUCACCUGGGGAUCAAGUUUGUUCUUGUUCCAGGGAUCCAGGUCGAAAUCGAUACCCUUUUGGCUCAGAGAAGCAAGAGUCCAAAGUUUGCUGGUCAGUAUAGAGUGACCGACUCGGAUUCUCUAACAGCUGCAAAGGAAGCUGCUGGGAAGAUUUCUAUGGAUAUAGAGGCAAAGCUUUCGCCCGGACCCUCCAUAUGCAAUAUUCGUCGGCAUGGUGAUAGUAGUCGUUGGCAUGAAGUUGGCGUCAGUGUAGCUAGUGGUAACUUUCUUGCAGCCAAGAGGAGAGGAGUCGUUGCUGGUGUUGAUUAUGGGGCAACAGGUGAAGUUAAGAAAGUGGAUGUGGUUCGCAUGCAGGAGAGGCUUGAUGCGGGUUGUAUUGUGCUAUUGAGCAACCUUGGUUAUUCGAGCUCUGGAGAAGUUUUAAAUUGCAACACGUAUGAAGUUGCAACGGCUUGUUCCUUGGCUAUUGGAGCAGAUAAGCUUAUCUGCAUAAUGGAUGGUCCAAUUCUUGAUGAGAGUGGACGUCUGAUUCGUUUCUUGACUCUUGAAGAAGCAGACAAGUUGAUUCGUCAGCGGGCUAAGCAAAGUGAAAUAGCUGCCAGCUAUGUGAAAGCUGUUGAUGAAGAAAAUCUCCAUUAUCUUGGACAUGAUAAUGGGAAUUUUCUUAAGGAAAAGCAUAUUCCAAGGUUUAACAAUGGUGUUGGUUUUGAGAAUGGCAAUGGAUUGUGGUCUGGUGAACAAGGUUUUGCAAUAGGGGGUCACGAGCGCCAAAGUCGAUUAAGCGGUUACCUUUCAGAAUUGGCUGCUGCAGCCUUUGUUUGCAGGGGAGGUGUUCAAAGAGUUCAUCUGUUAGAUGGCACUAAAGGGGGAGUAUUGUUGUUGGAAUUAUUUAAAAGAGACGGAAUGGGGACUAUGGUGGCAAGUGACGUUUAUGAAGGAACCCGGAUGGCUAGGGUGUCGGACCUCUCUGGAAUAAGACAAAUCAUACAACCUUUAGAAGCAGCUGGCACAUUGGUUACGAGAACUGACGAAGAGCUACUUGAAGCAUUGGAUUCUUAUGUUGUUGUCGAAAGAGAAGGUCAAAUUAUUGCAUGUGCUGCUCUUUUUCCUUUCCAAGAGGAGAAAUGUGCAGAGGUGGCUGCUAUUGCAGUUUCUCCGGAUUGCCGUGGACAAGGACAAGGAGAUAAAUUGCUUGGUGAUUAUAAUAACAUUAGCUGCAGAAUUUGUGAAUAAGAGGAAGUAAAGUUCAAAGGGACCAAGUAUUUCAAGUACACGUAAUUUCACUCAUCCAAAAUUUGAUUUGCUUCAACACAUAUCCUGUUGAAUUCAACACGUAAAGAAUUCAUCUAGAUACCAAAAGAACUAUUGAAAACUUAAGUCUCAAGUCUUGUAAGAUCAAAAGAAAUCAUUCUUAAUAACACUUGAUGUAAACAUUGGGUUGAGUUCUACUACUAGCCUGUUGCUUCUCUCUAAACCCCAAAAGGUGGCGGACUUGAGCAAUGUGUUUAGUCUUGGGCUUCCAGGGUAGAUAAUUACCUUUUAACUAAACCUAUUUGGUAUUGCAUGGGGUUUGAAUCUGCUCAAGCGUGACUUAAUCAGCAUCACAAGUGAUUUUAUGGGCAGUGGUAACUACGAUAAGUAGAAGCUAUGAUUUUGUACUCUGAGAUAAGACCAAAUGGACGAGUCAGGGUUGAGAUAGAUGAGCUCCAAUCAUCCUUGUAUUUUGUCACAAUUU